AUGUGGAAGACAGCGCUGUUGACUUUCAUCCUGUUGGUUGCACUAAUAGGCAGGGUGCGGUCCAAUGAGGGCCACCCCUCCUUUUACGGGGUGAAGCUGUGUGGUAGAGAAUUCAUACGAGCUGUAAUCUUUACCUGUGGAGGCUCUCGCUGGAGGAGAAGUGUAGGAGACUCAGGUGUCCUCGGGGAUGAGGCUUUUGACCCAUGGAAAACAAACUCCAUCCUUCAACUUGCGAGUGAGCAGCAACCGUCGGAGUCCCAAGUCUGGAAGGAUGAGGUGAUGAACGUGGCAUCUACUGCUGAUGGAUUCAGCCGCUUAGCUCGCUCACCCAUCUCAGAUGAGGUGCUGGAGGCUCUAAGGAGUGCGGACAGGAAAGGGCGGGAUGUCGUUGUGGGGUUGUCUAAUGCCUGUUGCAAGUGGGGCUGCAGUAAGAGUGAAAUCAGCUCCCUCUGUUGA